GUUGACACUUGGGUACAAAGAUUACCUGUUGAAUCAAGGUUAAACUUUUUAGAUCCCAGUGGAUUGAAAGAAGUUUAUGCUAUUCAACAAUUAGAUUUUAGAAAAUCUUUGGAUAUGUGCUACACGCAUCAAGGAUUGUCUAAAAUCUAA